UCACUCAAUUUCUUCAAAAACCACAGUCCAGUUCAUCAUUGUCUGCAGCACCGCAUGCAUCAAUGGAGUCUCUGCAGAACAGCGCGGACCAUCACACGUCUAUCCCUAUACCCAACUCACCGCCGACCCACCAAAACCCAACAAACCACCCGGAACCACCGCCCACAACCACAAUCCUUCGAACCCUGAAGAAGAAUUUGGCAAUCCGCUCCAAAUGGGCCGAGCUCAACGGCGCCAUGGGCGACCUCGGCACCUACAUCCCAAUCGUCCUCGCCUUAACCCUCUCCCAGGACCUCAACCUCGGCACGACCCUAAUCUUCACCGGAAUCUACAACAUCAUCACCGGCGCCAUCUACGGCGUCCCCAUGCCCGUCCAGCCCAUGAAAUCCAUCGCCGCGGUCGCAAUCUCGUCCCCCGAUUUCGGAGUCCCGGAGAUCAUGGCCGCCGGGAUCUGCACCGGAGGCGCCCUGAUGGUCCUGGGAGUCACGGGGCUGAUGCAAUUGAUCUACAAACUAAUCCCUCUCUCCGUCGUCAGAGGGAUCCAGCUCUCCCAGGGCCUCGCCUUCGCGCUCACCGCCGUCAAGUACGUCCGCAAGGCCCAAAACUUUUCCAAACCCAAAUCCGACCUCGGCGGAAGGGACUGGGUCGGGCUCGACGGCCUAAUUCUCGCGAUCUCCUGCGCCUGCUUCAUCGUGAUCGUUAAUGGCGCCGGGGAAACAGAGGAGAGCGCGGAAGAACAGGGGAAUUGUGAAUCUGGAAACAGAGUUCUGAAAAGGGUUAGAAAAGUCAUUUCCUCGCUACCUUCUGCGUUUCUGGUGUUUGCAUUGGGAUUGGUACUGGGCUUUAUAAGAAAGCCCAAGAUGGUCCACGAUAUCACGUUCGGCCCAUCCCCGAUCGAAAUAGUCAAGAUCUCGAGACGGGCCUGGAAAACAGGGUUUCUGAAGGGGACUAUCCCGCAGCUGCCGUUAUCGUUGCUGAACUCCGUGAUCGCCGUCUGCAAGCUGUCGUCCGAUCUAUUUCCGGGGAGGAAGGAGUUCACGGCGGGUUCCGUUUCCGUGACGGUCGGGGCGAUGAACCUGGUGGGUUGCUGGUUCGGAGCGAUGCCGUGCUGCCACGGGGCGGGAGGCCUGGCCGGGCAGUACAGGUUCGGAGGGCGGUCCGGUUCUUGCGUGGCGAUUUUGGGGUUGGUUAAGUUGGGGUUGGGGUUGGUUUUGGGCGGUUCGCUCGUGGUUAUACUGAGGGAGUUUCCGGUUGGGGUUUUGGGGGUUUUGUUGCUGUUUGCUGGGAUCGAGCUGGCGAUUGCUGCCAGAGAUAUGAGGUCGAAGGAGGAUGCGUUUGUGAUGUUGGUUGUUUGUUCGGUUUCGCUCGUCGGGUCGGGUGCGGCGGUUGGGUUCGUGUGUGGAGUUGUGGUUCAUUUGCUGCUCAAGCUGAGGAAAUUGGCGGCCUAGCUACUAGCCAGUUAGUGAAGUAGAAGUGAAGUGUAUAUCAGUACAUAGCUGCAGAGUGCAGUCAAAAUCGCGCAUUAAAACGUAAAAAUUUACGUUUUUACGUAUUCAGACCACCAAAAUGUUUCAUUUUCAACUUAAAGUCGCUUAGUCACAAAAACUGGUAAAAACAUGGUAAAAUCGCGAUUCUGAAACGUUUUUAUUCGAUUUUGUUCAUCUCAUAAAAAUGUGCUAAUUGGCCCAAAAUGAUGUAAUUUUGGAGACAUAUCAGCAAAAAAUAAAAAAAGGAAAACAUGAUUCAUCACUCGUUCUACAACUAGUGUCGAGAUAGGGGCUUCACAUUAGGUUGAAAAGACACCUAAUGGUAUUCUCAAGAGCCGCUGACCUUCUAUCAGUCUUCUCCCUUAAUCUUCACCUGUGGCUCCUACCUGGGUUACGAUAAAAGUUUAUGGGUAAU